GUAUGUGUACUUUUACAAUCGUGAUAUCGCUACGUUCUUAUUUAUUUAUUUAUUUAUUUUUGUAUAAAUGUAAACGAGCUUACAUAUAUUUUUAAAGUUGUAGUGGAAACUGAUUCUUGGCUAUAUAGAACUUACCAAAACAAAAGUAUUAUUUCCUUAAAUCAAGACAAAAUAUAAAACUAAAGGGCACUUUUUCCAACUAUUAUAGGGGCAAGGCUGCUCGAUAACUGAUGGAGGAGCUGUAUUCAUUGGAGAAGGAGGUGGGUCGGGGCAGCUAUGGCGUUGUCUUCGAGGGACAUGUUGUCAAAACGGGACAGAGAGUGGCCAUCAAGCGGCUUCCUUGCAGCAACCCUGAGUGCAUUGAACUCUACUUGCAGGAGCUGUGGGCCAUGAGAGCCACCGCCAAGAACCACGUCAAUGUUAUUGCUCUCCACAGCUGCCUCCUGCAGACAGGACCUCGGAGCCUGAAGCCCUUAAGGCCGGCGAAACUGCCUUUGCGGCUGGUUGAGAGUGUGUUGAAGGGCCGUGUGAUUGGAGAGUCGCAGACUCAAGAAAGCAGUGAGGUUCAGUCUAACUCCAAGAGGAGGAUUAGCUCUGGCUCUCGACUUCAGGACAGGACCAACAACGUUCAGGCUGGCGCCACCUUCCAGGAAAAGUCAAAACCAUCUGAUUUUGGAACGCCGCAAAGACCUCCAAGUAGGCAGAGAAAGAGAUCUGCCAAAAGGGAAGAAGAAGAGCAGCUUGGACCACGACCCUGUUUGGCUCUGUGGCUUGUAAUGGAGUAUUGCAAUGGAGGAGACCUCAACCAGUACCUGCUCACCAAGCCUCCGGAUGCCCAGCGUAACCACAGCAUAGUGCUCCAGCUCAGCAGCGCUGUGGCCUUCCUUCACGGUCUGGGAAUCAUCCACAGAGACCUGAAGCCAGACAACGUUCUGGUCUGCGUGACGCCUAAAGGUCCAGUUGUGAAGGUGGCAGAUUUUGGUUUGAGUAAGAUGAGUGAAGGAGCGUUGGACGGCGGUCCGUGCAGGCAGCACUUCUCCUCCACCUGCGGCUCCGACUUCUACAUGGCUCCGGAGGUGUGGGGCGGGCUGAGCUACACCGCCCAGGCGGACAUCUUCUCGCUGGGUGUGAUGUUCUGGGCCGUCCUGGAGCGAAUCACCUUCUUGGAAGAAGGGACGACUCAUGAGCAGCUGGGUGCCUACGUCUGCAAAGGCCGCUCCGGUUGGCUGAUGCCUCUGGGCGAAGCUCUGUGGGAGAACGCCGACCUCCAGCCGUGCAUCCCAAUGAAGUUUAAGAGAGCACCCCCGCUGCCCCCUCCUCCCGGCCCAGCCAUGUGCGCGCUCCUCCUAGACAUGCUGGCCUCGGACCCGGACGCCCGGCCAUCUGCAGACCAGCUGGAGGCCAGAGUGCACUCUGCCUUGAAAGAGGACUCCCACUGACACUUGUGCACUCAGGAGGCAGCGAUGACCACUGCUAUUACUAUGACUGCAGGGUGGAUCACAAAUAUGUUCGAUAAAAAGGGAUUUAAGGUGGAGCCACUAAAUAAAACCAAAUGUGGGAAAGCAUUUCAAAUUACAUUGGGAUAAAGCAAAACCUCAAUAUAAAAAUCAAUAGUGUUUUUCUGCUACGAAAAGCUCAAAAGCUUAAAUUCUUCUCCUUUUUGAGUUACAUUCUUGUUUAAAAUUUAAGGUUUUGCUUUAUUAUAAAGAUGAUUUCAUUAAAUCCAAAAAUCUAUUUCAAAAUAAAAGCCCACCGCAAAUAACCUCACUACUUGACUUUAUAUAAAUGGCUUCCAAUAGAUGAUAUUUGUAAAAGUUGCAAAGAAGAAGCAAUUAUAUUCCAUAAUAUUUCAUUUGUAGACUUUUUUUCCCUAAAAUAUGACUAUUCUUGUUUUGUUUUGGUAUAUCUAUUAAAGCAGUUUGUAUAUGAAGAUUCAGGAAAGUGUCAAAGGAAGUUGUAGUUUUUGUGUGUAGUUUCCAGGGAAAAUGGCUUUGCAGCAGGAAGGCUGCUGUGAUUAAUGGUCAGUGAUGUGCUGCCCUCCUAUGAACAGGAAAUUAAAGCCAGGCAUUAGAACUGUUGCCGAUCAACUCCACACCAUUUAUUGCAGCUCAUCUGUCUCAGUCACUAACUUUCCUUCAGUGUUUUCAGUUGUUUUUUUUAUAAUUUUUUAUUUCAUAACCAAAAAGUUUAAUAUAAAUAAAGCUGAAAUGAUUCUCUUA